UAGCGCAAGCGCCUUUCCAAAAGCUUUAAGGCCCGUGAACAAGCGUAUAGAAGGAGCUCACGAUUGGCUGGAGGUUGCGGGGUGCGGUCCGGCAUCGCUACGCAACCGCUAUAUCCUCGUUUUCGAAUAUUACCGCGACGAUGGCCGUUCCUCGUGACAGUGUUCGACAGACAGCAACCAUACCAUCUACCAGUUUCUAGACCACGUAGAGAACAAUUUCUCUUUUCGUCGCGAGUACAACAAUCCAUCCAUCCAGUUCGCGACUUUUUUCACGACGAUCUUUUUUUCGUCGUAUUGUCGACAAUUGUCCAGCCGAAAGUGUUUCUUAAAUCUUCUCGUCUCUUUAAAAUAAAUUAGCUUGUUAAUAAUAAAAGAGAGAGAGAAAGAGAGAGAGGAAGAGAGAAAAAGAGAGAGUAAAAGAUAAAAAAAAAGUAAAAAAAAGUAUAAAAGUAAAAAAAGAGAAUCGCGCCACCAUGGCCGACGAACUUCCCCCUGAACAAAUUGCUGUUCUUCGCAAAGCGUUCGACAGCUUUGACAGGGAGAAGAGUGGUAGCAUUCCCACUGAUAUGGUGGCUGAUAUUCUCAGAUUGAUGGGUCAACCUUUCAAUAAAAAGAUUCUGGACGAAUUGAUCGAAGAAGUCGAUGCUGACAAAUCUGGACGUCUUGAGUUUGAGGAGUUUGUUACGUUGGCAGCGAAAUUCAUUGUUGAAGAAGAUGCAGAAGCAUUAGAAAAAGAACUUCGAGAAGCUUUCAGACUCUACGAUAAAGAAGGAAAUGGUUAUAUUCCGACUACAUGCUUACGUGAGAUCCUUAGGGAAUUGGACGAUCAAUUAACAGACGAAGAACUGGAUAUCAUGAUUGAGGAAAUCGAUUCUGAUGGAUCUGGUACUGUUGAUUUUGAUGGUAAGAAAAAAUAUAAUAAAUUAAUAAAUAUUUUUAAAUUAUUAUUGAAUUUAUUUAAUUUGAUAAAUCAUACUUAUUGAUUCGAAACUAUUCUCAUUGUGAUCGAUAUUAUAAAAGUACUUUUAAUUAUCACUAUUUCAAUUGGUGAUAAACGUAUUCAUAAAAAUAUAGUUAAUAAUCAAUUAAAUAGUAGUGGAACAUUUGUUGUCAUAUUGAAGAAGUUACAUAUGUUGUCUAUUGAAUGCUUUUUCAGCAAUAUACAUUGAUUGCGGAGUUUAUUUACACAUACAUGUACUUAAAUAUGUACAUUAUUGAAUCGAGAUUAUCGUACUUAAUAAUAUAUCACUUAAUAUACCAUUAUUUAUGUACUUACUUAAAAAAUUAACAUGUUUUAAAUUUUCGAAAGUUUAUUUAUCAAAUAUUUUUUAUUUCGAUAAUCCAUUUUUCUUCUCAUUAAAUAUUUUUUUUUUAUCUUUUGUCUAAUAUAAAAGUUACUUAAAUAGAAUUUGCGUAAAAUUAUUCAGUAUAUUCAAUGUUUAGAAUAUAUAAAUCAUAAUCUAAUUUUAUGUAAGAUCACUCAAUUUUUUAAAUUUUCUAAUGAUUGCGAAUUGAAUCACUCCAACUUUAAUACACAAAUCCUGGCAUCUUCUUAGAACAACAAACAAAAUGCAUUACAUAUCAACGAUAAUUUAUUUUUGUAUAACAUUGCCAAUAGUCACAAAUAAAAAUGUCUCAAAUAUGUAUGGACAUAUAUAAGAGAUGAUUAUAUACUUGUUGUUUACUUUUGUUUGAAUCAAUUACAAACAUAUUUCACUAUUUUCUAAGUUCACUAUUUUCUAAGUUAGUCACUAAAAAUUGAUAUCAUUUGUGAUUAAUUUAUUACAAAAAUUGUUAUAUAAAAGAAAAAAUAAAAUAUUUUUAAUUUUUUUAUUAUAGUGUUCAAAAUUAAAAAAUAUUUUUUUUUAAAUAAAAAAAUUAAAAAUAUAACUAAAAAUUUUAUCUAUAUUUAAUUUUUUGGAUUUGAGCAAUUAUAAAUGUUUUGUUUCAGAAUUCAUGGAAAUGAUGACCGGAGAAUAAAUAUUCUUACAUGUU